AUGCCACGGAAAGAUCUCCAAUUCAAGACGGUCGACCAAGUCACCCUCCGUGGCUGGCUGUACACGCCCUCCAGCCCGAGCUCAUCGAAACUUCCAUGCCUAGUCAUGGCUCACGGUUGGUCCUGCGUGAAAGAAAUGGAACUUCCAAAGCUUGCAGAGCACUUCAUUGCCAAUCUGCCCACCUCGGUCCUGGUCUACGACCACCGCGGCUUCGGUGCCAGCGACACGGCUCCCAACUGCCCCGUACGCGAACUCGAUCCGGCUCAACAAGCCAGCGAUAUGUCCGACGCCGUGACCUACGCUGCUUCAUUACCGGAAAUUGAUCCCGAAAACAUCGGCAUCUGA